AUGUCACCUACGCUAUUUGAUGAGUUUCUGGCAAUAUUCGGUCUAAAAAUCACUAAACAAGUUGCUGUGCGCUCACCCAUAUCUGCUACUAUACGGUUGCAGGUGACAUUGAGAUUCUUGGCAACUGGCGAUAACCUGAAGUCUUUAGAUUACUUGUUUAGAGUGAGUGACAGUACGAUUUCUAAAAUCGUUGAAGAAACCUGUGAAGAAAUUUUGAACUGUCUAAAGUUUAAAGUGUUUCCAACAAAAUUAACAGAAAAUUUCUGGAAAAAUGUUGCAGCAGACUUUGAAGAACACUGGAACUUUUCACAUUGUAUUGGGUGCGUGGAUAGAAAAGUAAUUACCAUGAAGGCACCACCUCACAGCAACUCUUUUUUUUAUGACUACAAGGGCCAUCACAGUAUACAUUUGCAAGCCUACGUUGAUGCUCAUCAACAAUUUAUACUGGUAGAAAUUGAAGCAGCUGGCAGGCAAACGAAACCAUUGGUACCUGGUGGCACUGGACUACCUUUUGUAUUUUUGGGAGAUGAAGCCUUUGGUCUCAGUAAUUUUUUCAUCGCUCCUUAUCCUAGAGGUUCACUCGCAGCAUUUGGUGGACUUGCCUCAGUAUGGCAAGUUUUUAAAGAUGGUAUGAAAAUAUCAUUGCCAUGCAUGAUUGAAGUAACUAAAGCUUUAGUUUGUCUGCAUAUUUUUUGA